ACGUACUUUCAAUCUGAAACAGGCAAAAUGAACUCUCUCAAGACCGUAGCUGCGAAGGUGAAACACAGCCCUCAAGUCAUAAGAAAAACAUUUUCUGGCGCAGGUUCGCCGAGUCCGUACGCAAAGGUUACAGAAGGAGAGAAAAGUAAAGGUAAAUAUCAAGAAGACUGGCUUCAUGCUGAAGAAUCUUUGAAAGAAGGAAUUCACUUCUAUGUCAAGAUACUUGGAUCCUGUCCUGUGUUACAAGCCCAGGGCUCAGGAUGUACGGAUGAAGCUGUGCAAAGUAUUAUCGCAAACACGAAGAAGACAAAGAACACCCCAGCCAGUGGAAGCCUUCAAAAGGUUUUAAUUACCGUCUCCACCCGUAAGCUAUCCAUAGAAGAUAUGAUUUCAAAGGAGAAGAUCAUGGAGAUCCCAAUCUAUCGCGUUUCAUAUUGUGUGGCCGACUCAACCUUCCCCAAAGUGUUUGCGUUCAUUUGUCGAUCACAAGGCAAACAAGAUUUGACAUGUCACGCAUUCCUGUGCAGCAAACCGGCAAUGGCUCAAGCUAUGGCCCUUACCAUUGCUGAUGCCUUUAAGCUUGCAUAUGAAAACCACGAGAAAAAUACCGGACGCGAUAAACCCGAAAAGGAUCAAGGGUGUUCGCGUGUCGCACGGGACAACAAAGAGAAUACUGGACAGGCCACGCCUAAGGUUGAAAAUGAAAACGUUGACAUUUAUGCGACCCCUAUACCCAGAAAGAAUAGAGUGGACGCGCCAAAAAUUCAAUUAUCUCCAGACUCUACUUCGGAUGGAAUGGAAGACUCCAAUAAUAAAUUUCAAGCCUUGGACCUUAAAGCAAAAGACGAUGACUUUGACGCGGAGUUUACGAAAUUGGCAGAGUCAAGGUCUAGCCCUAUUUUGUUUGAGACACCAGUCAGGAGGCGAGAUUUUUUUGGAGACGUUAAUCAUCUCAUGGCCACCGAAGCAACUGCUAAAGAAUUGAUGAUGUCAAAAUCCAGCGAAGAUCUAUUAUCAAUGUGAUUUAUUCCCUAGUUAUUGAACAAUUAUUAAUUCGCAGUUGUACCUUUUAACUCGACCUUUCAGCAAUAUAGUGAUGCGGUGGUGAAAUAUAGCAACGUCAGUCUUCUUUAAGAAAAGAAUUACAGCCUCGUUUCUUAGGAGAGGAGGCUGGCCUACGCGUAGCCGUACCCUUCCCCCGAAGAGAAUCGGGGCUCCCUUCCGCUUCUCCUCGGGGGAAGGGUACGGCUACACUUAGGCUCGAGAGUAGGAUAGACCUGGGAGGUUAUUCUUCAUACUGGUUUCUAAACGUUUCCUUUGGCAAUGACAAGGAGAAAUUUUUGCGUACUAAAGAGCAUUAAAAAUUUCUUCUUUAGUUCGCAGUUAUUUCGGAUCAACGCAGUAUCUGACAAACUGCGCACCUACCCCUCCCUCCCGUUACUCAACAACAGUCAAAUGAUGUCAAGUUAGGGUUAGGGUGCGCGGUUGUUUCGAUAACGACAUCGAUCCAUCCUUUACAUUACUCUCGUGUCUUUAUGAUGUUUUAUUCAGCCUUUGAUUCUGUUAGAAAUGUGAUGCUUGUUCCGUCAUGGGGUUAAGGGGCUAAAUGGUGUAAAUAUUCUCAAUAGACUUAGGAACAUUUUAGGAGAGAUCCUCAGAUCUCAAUUGCAAAUUCUAAGUACCCCGUAGGUAUAGAAACACCAUGCUCAGGUACUUCGACUAUCUGCAUGUGAAACUUAUUCUUAGCUAAUUUUGUAGUGAUUUGGAAUUAAUUUGGAAAUUUUAGAAUGUUGUGAGGGUCUCAAUGGGGUGAUGGCUUGAAAAGCAAACGGUUAAAAUUUUGGCCAUUUUACGGUGAACGGUUAACUUUCUUCCCUUGUAAUUAAACGAAAAAUGUUUUCAGUUAACUUAUUUUAUGACUAACAGUUAAAAUUUGUUCAUUUUUACGCCUUACGACCAAAUUGUUUUGGCCGUUUUACGGCUAAUGGUUAACCCCAGGGAGACCAUACAUGAAAUUGUAAAAGCCCUAAAUUGUAAUCGUUAGAAACUUUUCUAAACUGAUUUGCAAACGAAUUAAAAUUCACAAUACUGGAAUGUA